UUAUUUUCAAUCUUCUGAUGAGUUGAAUUCAAUUGAACAAGAAAUUAUAAGCGCUGGCACUCAAAAUAAUCGUUCGAUACGAGUCUGAUGAUAUUCUUCGAGCGUCCAGCCAUCCAUAGGCAUCCUCGGUAUCAUCAAAAUAACAAGCCGUUAUUCUUCAGCCGCACCUAAAAACGUUUCUCAUUACUUCCAUCGUUCCCGCCAAAAAUAACAGAAAUCAAGAUUCAAGAACGUUCCUAACAACCAACCCCAAAACCGUUAGGCUCUUCGUUUCCCGAUACCACGCGCCUCCCUAACCACUUUCUUUCACUCAGCCCGUUCUCUGUAAAUACCCACCCCCUCUACUCUUUCACGGUCUAUCUCGUUCUCUCAUUUCUUAACCUUUUCCAGAAUCCAAAUAACUCCUCCGAAAUGGCGUUUAUUUCUUUGAAUCUCAUGAUCUUCCUCGCUCUCUCUUUCCUCUCCCUCUCCCACUCUACUCUCGACCCAACUCUCACCUUCACCACCGCCGCUACCACCCCUCUACUACCACCACCACCAUUCUUCACGAUCUCACAAACGGUACAACCAUCUCAAGAUCUUCCGGACCACGCGAUCUUCUCCCAUACUUCACUCCUUGCACCAAUCCUCUCUCACCUCGGCUUCAACGACCUAGCCACAGCCGUUCCUUCUCUCUUCAGUGACUCAGCCAUCUCCACCGCAUGGUCCGGUCCUUACACUAUCUUUGCUCCCUCCGAUUCCUCGGUUCGUACAUGCAUUUCUUGCUCCAUCCCUUCCCUCCUCCGUGAACACAUGGUUCCCGGCCUCUUCACCACCGAUUACCUCCGAAAACUCAACUUUGGUUCCAAAAUCGAAACUCUCAGUCCUGGUCGUUGCAUAACCGUAACCUUCACCGCCAACAACCAGGAAAACUUCACCAUUCACAAAGUCUUCAUUGGCGGAGUUGAAAUCACUCAUCCAGAUCUCUUCAACAACGGCCUAAUCAUAAUCCAUGGCCUCCAAGGCUACAUCUCACCUCUCUCGCCUUUCUCAUGUGACCUUGAACGGAUGACGUCACUCUCUUUCCCGUUCCACUACGAUCGUAGCCACAAUAACCAACUUUCUCAGCAACAAAAUGCCGUUCUGAUGCGAAUCAUGCUUCGAGACGCCAUCGUACGGCUGAGAAACAAUGGCUUCUCCGUUCUCUCACUCGCUAUGAAAAUCAAGUACGCUGAACUAGUUCCUCUCAACAACGUCACGAUCUUCGCUGUUGAUGACGUGUCAAUCUUCUCCGGUUCGCAUUCUUACAUCAACAAUGUAAGGUAUCAUAUCGUGCCGAACCAGUUUUUGACUAUUACGGAUCUGGAGGGACUUCCAAUGGGGACCACGUUGACGACAUUGGAUAGAGGUCAGAGUUUGGUGGUGACGACAGCGGGAGGAGGGAUUCUAAAGAAUCAAAUGAGGAUCAACUAUGUGAUGAUUAAGGUUGCCGAUUUGAUAAGGAACUUGAAAGUUAUAGUGCAUAGCAUUUACUUGCCAUUUCCUCAUGUUCAUCCUAUGGCAGCCCCGGUGAGUAAAGCGUUUUUAGGUGGUAGACAUCAGAUGUCGGCGGUGGGGGGAAUAGAUUGCAAAACUCUGGAUGAGCAAUGUGGUUAUGGUCUUAUGGAUUGAGCCAGGUAAAUCACGCCACAACUCAGGUCAAGCCUCAUAUGCCGUUUUUUGAAGAUCACCAUGGCCUUUGAAGGAUUUUGAAUUGAAAAUCACCAUGCCUUCUGUUUCCUGGCUUUGGUUCACUAUUAGCCUGUGUUUAGUCAAAUGAGUCAAAGUUCGUUAAGUCUGCAGAGUUUUUUUUUUUUUAUUAAAAAAAUUCGU